GGGGUUUCCGUCCCGGCGAGUGGUGGUGGUGGUGGUCACAGAUCGUCCGUCGGUCACUCACGAAUACCUGGGGCGCUUUUCAAAAGGUUCGUCAGGUAGGCCUCGUCUCCCGGGCGGGGGGCAGGCCGACAUCGUGUGGGCUUUCCGCCUGGAGGCCCGGCAUGGGCCGCGGCCUUUCGGCGGACGGGGCGAUGCCACGGUGGCGUGUUAUUCCGGCUCGUGGCGAUUCCCACUCUCUCGGUGUUGCCAUGCUUCCUCCCGGAGGGACGCUGGUGUCCGAAGGCAAGCGGGGAGGGGGUGUCUUCCGGGCCGCGCCGACCGCCGGGGCAAUUCCCUGGACAGCUGGUGGGCUCCCUCCUCUCCCGAGCAUGGUGUCGGCUGUCCCUCUGGUGUCUGUGUGUGUGUGUGUGUGUGAUAGUGUGGUGGUAUUUUUUUUGCAUCCUCGCCGAGUAUGCGAGCUGCCUGUCGUGCCAGACAGCUCUCCUGGUGGUGGCCUCGCCGGUUGGUUGUGAGUGGGCGUGGUCCGGUGUGAUGGGGUGUGGAUGUUUGACGGCACCAGGAGCAUGGCUGUCCUUUGGGUUUCUGCGGGAAGAAAAGCAGCAGCUGAAUCCUGUCUCGUGGCAUGCGUCGGGCGCAGGGGGCGCAGGG